UAAUAGGUAUAAUUGAAACUUUCAUGAUUAGUUUGUGAAUAUAUGUAAAAUAUACGUAUAUACAUAAGAUAAAAUUACUAAGCAGAUGAAAUUACAAGCUCAGAUUACAGUUACUCUUUUAAGCUGAUCAUAUCAAAGUGUCGAUUUCCUUCGAUAUCUAACCCAAUAUCUAAUCCGAUAUCUAAUCGGAUUCUAUUGCAAAAACAAUUUGUUGUGAACUUGGAAACUCGUUAUAAAUAAGAGUAUCUAGUGAAGAAAACGAUAAUAACAAACCGCAUGAAGAAACUUGCGAUAGUAGGAAAGAUCGAAGCAUAUUGUAACAACUUGAAGUAACGUUGGCGCAAGUAGUUCUAAACGGAAAAACGAAUAAUCGCGUUAGUGUUGCAUCGGUACGGCGAUAAUUACGAUAAAACACGAAAAAGUUUGACAAGAAGCCGACUAUCUAGGAAUCCGGCAUAGUCUAUAAAUGAAAGCAGCAUCGAAAAACAGAUGUACAAUGAACAUUAAAAUUAAAUUCGAUAAUUAAGCUACGGCAUUUAAACGCAAGUACAACGUGUCUCUAUUCUAGACGCGAGAUUCUUACUUCCACCAAGAUUAUACGCAAUUCUGUUGGCUACUGAAUUCUUAUGAAAACCAAUAUUAUGUAUUUCUAAGAUUCUCUGACAAAAUUUUCAUGUAAACAGAGUUUCUUGCGUUUCUGCAACAAAAAUAUUAAGAGGAAUUUCGAAUUUAGUAAAAAUAAACGAGUAAUAAUAAUAUUCGUGUACGUUUGUCACUUUUACGAAACAAUCUGUAAAACGAAGAAACACAUGUACUAUGCACAUAUCGGCGGUUGAUUCCAAUAUGGAUGAAAUGGAACAAGUAACUUCACAUGUCACCGCUCAUUGUAGAACAGAUCCAAUAAUAGAGUCCUUCAACUAUACAUGGACUAUCUCUAACUUUUGGUCAUUAUUCCGAAAUGUUUUUACUUUAACGUCCGACAAGAUUGAGGAGCUGCCAUUUACUAUUGAAUUGAAAACCGACGAAGACAAGAAAAAAAUAUAUUUUCAUCUAAGUACCGACGCUUCUCUUUUUUCAUGUGCUUUGUACUUAGAAGAUGUCCCGAAUGGAAGAAAGUACAGGAUAAGCACUAGACAUCACACGAAUCAAUUAUGUUAUGCACUUGAUAUUAUGUUUUUUGAGAAACAUAUAUCAGUUUUAUGGAAUAAUGCACUUAGAGUUAUCUGUCAAUUCUUUCUGAUAAAAACUGUCAUGCACAAAUCUAUAUGUAAUGUUAUAACGGAACCAGAAGAUAUGCUACCGAUAAAUAUUAAGUGCUCGGUUGACAAUGAAUCUGAUUCGAAAGUUACACUUACAGCGUUUGAAGAGCGUUUCUCCAUACAUAAAGACUUGCUUUCAUCAAGAAGCACUGUCUUCAAAGCUAUGUUCGAUAACAAUCCGACAGUGGAUGUGUUUCAGUUAGUAGCGAUUGAUAACGUAACGCGGCCAACCCUUUAUUUAUUUAUAUCCUUUUUACAAACUGGUCAUAUAAUAGCGAAUGCCGAAAAUAUGACUAAAUUCACGUUAUAUCAGCUCUUUGGAUUAGCCAAUGAUUACGAUAUACAGGACCUCAAGACGUUAUGUAGGCAUUAUAUAAUAAAGGAUCUCACUCACGAAACCGCUGUAGAAAGUCUGACUCUCGCGCAUUUAUAUAAUGAUGAAAAUUUAAGGAAAUUCGUUAUAAAUUAUAUAAAGUUACACAUGAAGGAUAUGAGAAAUAACUUUCAAUUUGUGCUAACGUUGCAAGAAUAUCCCGAACUAUUAGCAAAGUUCAUGAUGAGUGAUGAUUUACCUACAAAAUGUUGCGAAUUUUCCACGUCCUAUACUGCAGAUUAGAUAUUAAAUUUGUCACUUGUUUUUCCUACGCUUAUUCUCCUUUUUUUUAUAUUAUUCUGACAUCUUUGUCACAUGCACUAUAAGAACGCAAAACUGUUGUGAUAUAUCAUGUCAUAUGUAAGCAAAAUUGACAUCUUGCAAAUUUAUACAUUUUGAAUUCGAUGUUUCUCGUUAGCGAUAUUUAUAAGUGUAAAUUUACGUAUUAUUUGUAAAAUUGCGAAAUUUUAUAGGCAUCAAAUAUUUUUCCUGAAAUAUAUUUACGAAAUGCAGAAUAAAUCUUCUUUCUUUUAAAAGUA